UCUAGCUUACUGGCUAGACGUCUAAACUCGACUAAUUGGCUCUUUUAAACUACAUUUCGGCCGUGUUGAGACCCCUUCGCUCGGUACGAUGAGCUCCCGGGACCACGGGGUCGUCUCCUGAGUCCACGCGGCGUCGUGUCAUUGUCUGUUCUUCAUCUUAUUGUCUCUAUUUGUCUGCAGGAAGCGCAGCAGGAGAGGUCCAGGUCGGACCCUCUAGAGCCGGGCAGGCGGGAUGGACCCUCUGGGCGCUCGCUGCCAGUUCGUGGACAUCCAGACUCUCCCCACGUGGCAGCAGCAGCUGGGGGAGGGGGUGCCGCUGGACCCGCUGGACCCGCUGGGCCCGGGAGACAGCCUGCAGGACUUCCCCUCGCCAUUCCCCUUCAGACCAGACAUCAACCGCAAGAUCAUCCUGUUCUGCGAUGACGUGGCCCUGCUGAACUGCACCGCCAUCGUGAACACCAGCAACGAGUCUCUGGGCGAUAAGAACCUCGUGUCGGACAGCGUGCACCGGCUGGCGGGGCCGGAGCUGAAGGACGAGCUGGUCAAACUUAAAGGAUGCCGGACCGGCGAGGCGAAGCUCACCAAAGGCUUCAGCCUGGCGGCUCGGUUCAUCAUCCACACCGUGGGGCCCAAGUACAAAGCCAAGUACCGCACGGCGGCCGAGAGCUCGCUGUUCAGCUGCUACCGCAACACCAUGCAGCUGGCCGCAGAACAGUCGAUGGCGUCCGUCGGCCUCUGUGUGGUGAGCACGGCCAAGAGAGGUUACCCACUGGAGGACGCCACACACAUCGCUUUCAGAACGGUGCGCAGGUUCCUGGAGAGUCACGGCAACAGCCUGGAGGCCGUGGUGUUCGCCGUGUCGGACUCAGAGGAGUCCGUGUACAGGAAGCUGCUCCCUCUGUACUUCCCUCGCUCUGAGGAAGAGGAGAAGGUUUCUCUGCCCUUCAUCCCGGCCGACAUCGGCAACACCGAGGGGGAACCCGUGGUCCCCGAGAGGCAGAUCCGCAUCGCAGAGAAACCAGGAACCCUGGAAGAUGACUCUGAGGAGGAGAGCCUGAGGGCCGACCUGGGCCAGGUGGGCAACCACGCCUUCGCCCGCAUGGAGGGCGACGUGGACAAGCAGCGCAAACAGAUCCUGCAGGGGCAGAUGUCGGAGGCGGCCAUCUUGAAACAGCACCAGAGGAAUUACGGUCGCUGGCUGUGUCGGGCGAGAGCAGAGGACCUGUCGGACGUCGCUGCACUGAAAGCCUUGUAUCAAACUGGUGUGGACAUGUGUGGCCGCACCGUGGUGGUUCUGGUUGGACGAAACAUCCCAGUGACCAUCAUCGACAUCGAAAAGGCGCUGCUGUACUUCAUCCACGUCAUGGACCACAUCGCCGUGAAGGAGUACGUGAUGGUUUACUUCCACACGCUGACCGGCGAGCACAACCACCUGGACGCCGACUUCCUGAAGAACCUCCACGACAUCGUUGACGCCAAGUUCAAGAAGAAUUUGAAGGCCUUCUACUUCGUGCAUCCGACGUUCCGCUCCAAGGUCUCGACGUGGUUCUUCACGACCUUCAGCGUGUCGGGGGUGAAGGACAAGGUGCGCUACCUGGACACCCUGCAGCAGCUCUUCACCUGCAUGAGGCCGGAGCAGGUCGACAUCCCCCCGUUCGUCCUGGACUACGACGCCCGGGUGAAUGGACCGUACCAACGCUCCCAGUCAUGAGGGGGUGCCGUCAGCCCGUCGAGCGGAAGCCAUUUAAUGGACGCCUUGUUGCCCGCGUGGCCCUGAACGCAUCACCACCUCUUCUGAGGCGCCGUGUGGGAGGGACCCGCUCCAGCAGACCGGUGGUGGUUCUCGUUCUUCUGGAUUACGCCUUUUUUCACCCAGAUUUCUUAUUCUGCAGUUCCCUCAAACAUCCCUAAAUGACGGUUUCUUUCGACGGUUUUGCGCAACGCUUCUUUCCGGCGUGGCGGUCGUAUCGGACGGCCAUCUGAGUGAAUACAAAAAAGUGUAUAUACAAAAUAAAUGCUGGAGCAAGAGGAAAGUUUUACCCGAUCCAAAGCUGGAAAUUCCCACGUCGGCGCGUCUCCGCGGCCUCAAUCGGUAAAAAAACAUCGGUGAGCUCGGUGUCGUGACAUCACAAAGUUUAUCCACAUAGCGACUCUUAUAUCGAUUUAUUUUCUUUCUCUCCUCGACUUCGAUGAGGAAAUGAAUCCCGCUCACAAUGGUAUGAUUAAAUAUGAAGCCACGCCCAGACCACUGUUAGCUUAGCUUAGCAUAAAGACUGGAAGCGGCACCUCUCUUUCCCGCCAAAUCGGCCCGUUUCACAAAAUGUUUUUGGUGAACAUUUGCGUUUUCAUGGGAGGUUUUGUAAUUUCUCUCUUUAGGGUGUGUUUCUGUCACUAAAUAUUGUAAAGAGUUCCCAUAAAAAAACACUUCACGGAUCAGUCAAUCAACAGGAAAUGUCUGUUUUUAUAUUGUUAUGAGUUAGUUUCUUUUUGGUUGCACAACGUUUAUUUUGGGACAUCACCGCAGAGAACUUUACAGAUUCAACAAUAAAGUAAUACAUUAAUGGAAUCCACACAUUAAUAAUCUAAAUAAAUGAGAAUCGGUCGUAAAGGUCUCAUCUGCCGAAGACAGAGCUGUUUUUAAAUCUUUCUUCAAGCUGCUUCCUGUCUGCAGAUUUACGGUUGCUCUUUUUUUUUUAAAGGUACAGUUCACCCCAAAUAUGAAAAUUAAUGUUCUCUUGAGUAACGGGGUCGGACUUCUGGAAAAGAGACGAAGAGAUGUUGCUGAUGAGUUUUCCAAAUAGUUUCAAUAUAAGCAACCUGCUAUUUACCAUGAUGCAUAGCACUACAGGGGGGAACUGUCCCUUUAAGCCUUAAAGAGACAGUAUAACAUUUGUUUGUGCCUCAUUUGUUCAAUGUUUUAUAAUUAUUUUUGUAUGGUUUACUUUGACUGCCCGCAAUUUGAGAAAAAUCAUAAAUAUAUAUACAUAAUAUUUAUAUUAUAUAUGUUAUAUAUGAAUAAUAUAUUGUAUGUUACAUAUAUAUAUGAAUAUACUUAUAAUAUAUAUGAAUAUAUAUAGUAUCUAUGAGCAUAUAUUUUCAUAUAUAAUAUAUAUAUUGAUAUAUUCACACAUGUUCUCAUUCAAUUCCGUCUGGCCAUCUUUAAAUAAUUGUGGAUGUUUUUCUCAAUGUUUUUGCUAGAAAUUAGGCAAAAUCAAACUUUAAUCAAUCGAUUGUCUUUAAAUCUUUUUUUCUACAUACGAGUCAGUGAGACGACUCCAAGAAGGAACGAGUGGAUUUUCUCACCUCGUGCUUUAUACAAAAAUAAUUCAGAUUUAAGUCUGAAUAUGAAAAUUAAUUCUUAUAAAUGCAGCUGUGGAUUUUUUUAUUUUUUUUUAAACACACGAAAAGAACCUCAGAUAACACACACAUUUUAGUCUAGAACUGUGAUGUCAGAAUGUAUACAAAUGACGAGCCAAACUUUCACUUCCUGGAAUUGUAUAUUAUCAUCUUUUUUUCAAGAUCUGCAGUACGGUUUACUGUGUUUUUUUAAUAUAUAAAUAUAUAUACGCACUGAUUAAAAUGUUUUUUCAACUUAUUCUUUUAGACAAUUUAGUUUUGUUGGAGGAAACGUCUUAAAUGUAAGAAUUAAGCUGAAUACAAAGAUAAAUUAACAUUUACUACAAUUCUGAUGUUAUGGAUGACUUUUUCAUAAAUAUUAUACUCUGUUGCAGUUA